AUGAAAGUUGAAAUUAUGACAAUCACAAAGAAGAAGAGCGUUUUCGACAUGUCGCCGGGAUCAACUCUUCUCGAUCUGAAGCAAAAAUUUGCGGCCGCGGAGAACCACGACGUUUCAUUGUUGGCAUUUUGUUACAAGAAUAAGAUGAUGCACGACAACACACAAACCCUAGAAUCAUUGGGAUAUAAAGAAGGCACGCACUUUGUUGUUAUCGUUAAGAAACAAGCACUUAAGACAGGAGCAACUACCACAGAUGCAAAGGUUGAAAAUAAAGUUGACGAAAUCAAACCCUCAGAAAAAGUUGAAAUUGUCAAUUCCUCAAAAGUUGAGAAAGUCGAAAAUGCAGUUGACGAAAAAGGCAAAGUCGACACCUUUGUCGCCAACGAAGACGAUGUCAAAAAUUUGGUGUCACGAGGGUUUGAAGAAGUUAAAAUCCGCGAAGCACUGAAAGAAACGAAAGGCGAUGUUGAGAAGGCUAUUUUAGUGUUAAAAGGAAAUCCAUUGAGUGGGUUUAAUGUUUUUGAGGAACAAGUUCCCACCGCCCCCCAAGGCAAUGAGAUAGAAAUCGAAGGCCCUGUCUUUCUCGAUGAAAAUGGUAAUUUGAAUGUUUUAGAUCCCGAAGACUUCGACGAGAUUGUUCAAGAACUGGAGGAAGAAAAUCCAGAGCUUGCGGAACAAGUGAGACAGAACCCACAGAUGGUGUUUCAGUUAAUUGAGAAUGGGAUGGGGCAGAUGGAUGAAGAAAUGACUCCCGAAGAGAUCCAACAACUUAUUAACUCUGGUGCAUUGACACAAGAACAAGUGGAACAACUCACAAGUGGGAAUAUGGAAAUUGAAUAUAGUGAUGAUGAUGGCAUGGAGGAAGGGGAAUAUAUGGAAGAUUUUAUUAGUGAAGACAAUGAUGACUCGCAUGAAGACAAAAAGGAAAUACAAGACAGUAAAAUGCCAAAAACACCCAACCCAGAGAAUGAACAGAAAAUUGAGAAUAAUGUCCUCAAGACUGAUUUAAGUAAAGAAGACUUGGAGAAUAUUCAAAGGCUUAUUGAACUUGGAGCUUCAAAAAAAUUGGCAACUGAGGCGUACGUCGUUUGUAAUAAAAAUGUCGACGCCGCGGCAAACUACAUCUUCGAGAAUUUUAACUGA